GCCUGGGUUCUGUCGAACUCAGGCAUGCUGGGUUCCACUGAACCCAGCGCCUAGGUUCGAUGCCCAGCAUGCUUGGGUUCCACCAAACCCAACAUGCCUGGGUUCGAUGAAACCCAGGCGCUAGAUGAAGAAGGCAAGGCAGCCGUUGGGUUUUUGCAGGUGGAUGAAGAUGAGGAAGGCAUUGAUGCUGGGUUCGAUUUCGAAUCCAACAGGCACUGGGUUCCGUUUCGAACCCAGCAAUCGUUGGGUCAAUGGAUCUUUUGAGUUCCAUUUGUUUAUUGAUCUGUUGUCUGUUGGGUUUUGUUUCAAACUCAGCAGUUGUUGGGUCAAUGGAUCUUUUGAGUUCGAUUUAUUUAUGGAUUUGUUAUCUGUUGUGUUAUCCUCAUAUUCUUGCAGGUGCUGGAUUCGAUUUCAAAUCUAGCGAGCGUUGGGUUUUGUUUC